AUGACCGACGCGGUCGACGUCGCGUCCAAAAUCUCCGUCGCGAACCCCAUCGUGGAGCUCGACGGCGACGAAAUGACGCGCGUCAUCUGGAAAGCCAUCCGCGAGCAGCUCAUUUGCCCGUUUCUGGACCUCCACAUCGCGUACUUUGACCUCAGUCUCGAGCACCGCAACGCCACGAACGACAGCGUGACGCUCGAAGCUGCGCGGGCGAUCCAGACCCAUCACGUCGGCAUCAAGUGCGCGACCAUUACGCCGGACGCGGCCCGUGUCGAGGAGUUUCAGCUCAAGCAAAUGUGGCUCAGCCCCAAUGGCACACUGCGCAACGCCUUGGGCGGCACUGUCUUCCGCGAACCCAUUCUGUGCCAGAACAUCCCCAAGCUCGUGCCGGGCUGGAAAGAGCCCAUUGUCAUUGGCCGACACGCGUUCGGCGACCAGUACAGGGCCAUUGACUUUGUCGCGACAGAGCCCGGCACGUUCACGCUCACGUUCACGCCGGCACGGGCUGGUGCAAAGCCAGAAGAGCACCACGUGUACGACUUCACGGACGGCGGCGUCGCCCUCGGGAUGUACAACACGACCGCGUCCAUUGCGGGCUUUGCCAAGUCGUGCUUUGAGUUUGCGCUCGAGCGCAAGAUGCCGCUGUACUUGAGCACGAAGAACACCAUUCUCAAGCGCUACGACGGCCACUUUAAGGACGUGUUCCAGCACAUGUACGAGACGUCGUUCAAGCCCAAGUUUGACGCAGUCGGUACGUGGUACGAGCACCGCUUGAUCGACGACAUGGUCGCGCAGUGCCUCAAGUCCAAGGGCGGGUUCGUCUGGGCCUGCAAGAACUACGACGGCGACGUACAGUCGGACGUGCUGGCGCAAGGGUUUGGAUCGCUCGGUCUCAUGACGAGUGUCCUCUUGACGCCAGACGGACGCACGCUGGAAGCCGAAGCGGCGCACGGUACAGUGACGAGGCACUACCGCGUGCACCAGAAAGGAGGCGAGACGAGCACCAACUCGAUUGCGAGUAUUUUCGCCUGGACGCGCGGCUUGCUGCACCGAGCCAAGCUGGACGCGAACCGGCAGCUCGAGUGGUUUUGCAAAGAGCUCGAGGCGUGUGUGAUCGAGAGCGUCGAGGGCGGCGAGAUGACAAAGGAUCUGGCAAUGCUCGUGCACGGCUCCAACUUGAAGCGCGAGCACUACCUCAACACGUUUGAGUUUAUCGAUGUGGUGGCAGCCAAGAUACGCAGUCGCUUUGUAGCAGCUGCUGCAGCAGGCGCAGGAGAUGCGAGUUGA